AUGAAGUCCACCGUCUGGACUAAUACCUCGACGAGCGGCUUCGGGAAGUUCGGCACCAUGGUGAAUGGAGCCGCUGAGUUCGUACCAUUCGGUCCAAACGGAUUGAUCAUGCUGCUUGGAGGUGUAGAGGGCCCGUCGACAGACUUUGCCCUCUCCUCGACUGACCUGGGCUUCACCAACAUCACCUUCUAUGAUCCCAUCUCACGACAAUGGUUCUCACAAGCAACCACUGGAGAUCGACCGACUGGUCGCCAGCGCUUCUGUACUGUUGGAGUACAGGGGCCAAACAACACUUACGAAAUAUUCUUGUACGGCGGUCUGGAGACAGCAGCCGUUACCACCUCUGACGAAGUCUUUGUCCUCUCCCUUCCGGGCUUCGUCUUUACGAAGGCAAACAGUACCCUGUCCACACCACGUGCCGACCAUGCCUGCGUGGCGGUUGGCGAUGGCAAGAGACAAGUGCUGUCCAUCGGGGGGACGAAUGCUAUGAAAGGAUAUCCAGAGUCGAUGACCGACCCCGACCCAUGGGCGCAGGGGCUCGGUAUUUUCGAUAUGACCACUUUAGAAUGGACAGCCUCCUAUGAUGUUGACGCGGCAGCGUACGACACCCCUGAGGUUGUGCAAGAGUUCUAUCGCAAUGGCGGCCUAGACGCGGUCGUCUGGACCAACGACGAGGUAAAAGACAUUUUUACGUCGGGUGACAAGCCAGACUUUGGUUCAGGCGCUGGAGGAGGGAACGACAACACCACAGGCAGCGGUGGUGACGGCGGCAAUGAUGGCGGCUCCAGCUCGAACAACUCCUCAAAUGCUCUUCCCCUCGGCGCCGUGAUCGGAAUCGCCAUCGGCGGAGGGAUCAUCGUGCUCGGCAUCGCAGCAGGCUUUCUAUUCUGCGCCCUCCGCCGCCGGCGCGAGGCCUUCACCUUCUCCUUCCUCCCAGCCCGCAACACCAGCAAUAGCAACAACAGCAGCAGCCGCCGACCAGCAACCUCGACGAUAUCCCGCACCCACACCGCCAGCAGCUCGGUGUCGUCGACCGCGCCCCUGAACCUGCGCGCGCGGCGGUCGGCCACGGACCUGCAUGCGCCCGACACGCCCGCGCGCUGGGACAGGACGGCGCCGCCGGCGGACGGGUACAGCGUCUUCGUCAAGGGGAACGCGACGCCCAUCGUGCCGAUGGCGACGUCGGGCCCGCUGGCGAGCAACCCCAUCACUAUGAACUCGGCGCUGGCUAGUCGCAGGGGACGCCCGGCCCUGAGGGCCAUACGCACGGCGACGGCGGAGGACGUCCGCAGGACUGGCUCUAUCCGUGUGUAUCAGAAGACAGAUGGGUAA